CCGCCGUGGCGGUGGCGGUGGCCGUGCCUUUCACCCCGAGGUUUGCUGCUGCUUCUCGCCGGACUCCUACUACCUCGCUGCGGCGCCUUCAACCUAGACGUGGACAGUCCUGCGGAGUACUCUGGCCCGGAGGGAAGUUACUUCGGCUUCGCCGUGGAUUUCUUCGUGCCCAGCGCGUCCUCCAGAAUGUUUCUUCUGGUGGGAGCUCCCAAAGCGAACACUACCCAGCCUGGGAUUGUAGAAGGAGGGCAAGUCCUCAAAUGUGAUUGGUCUUCUAACCGCCGGUGCCAACCAAUUGAAUUUGAUGCAACAGGCAAUAGAGAUUUUGCCAAGGAUGAUCCAUUGGAGUUUAAAUCCCACCAGUGGUUUGGAGCAUCUGUGAGGUCAAAACAGGAUAAAAUUUUGGCCUGCGCCCCACUGUACCACUGGAGAACUGAGAUGAAACAGGAGAGGGAGCCUGUUGGAACAUGUUUUCUUCAAGAUGGAGCCAAGACUGUUGAAUACGCUCCAUGCAGAUCAAAAAAUAUUGAUGCUGAUGGACAGGGAUUUUGUCAAGGAGGAUUCAGCAUUGAUUUUACUAAAGCUGACAGAGUUCUUCUUGGUGGUCCUGGCAGCUUUUAUUGGCAAGGUCAGCUCAUUUCGGAUCAAGUGGCAGAAAUUGUAUCUAAAUAUGACCCCAAAGUUUACAGCAUCAAGUAUAAUAACCAAUUAGCAACUCGGACUGCACAAGCCAUUUUCGAUGACAGUUAUUUGGGUUAUUCGGUAGCUGUUGGAGAUUUCAGUGGUGAUGGCGUAGAUGACUUUGUUUCUGGAGUUCCAAGAGCAGCAAGGACUUUGGGAAUGGUUUAUAUUUAUGAUGGAAAAAACAUGUCCUCCUUGCACAAUUUUACUGGUGAGCAGAUGGCUGCCUAUUUUGGAUUUUCUGUAGCUGCCACUGACAUUAAUGGGGAUGAUUAUGCAGACGUGUUCAUUGGAGCACCUCUCUUCAUGGAUCGUGGCUCUGACGGCAAACUCCAAGAGGUGGGGCAGGUCUCAGUGUCUUUGCAAAGAGCUUCGGGAGACUUCCAGACAACAAAGCUGAAUGGGUUUGAGGUCUUUGCCCGAUUUGGCAGUGCCAUAGCUCCUUUGGGAGAUCUGGACCAGGAUGGCUUCAAUGAUAUUGCAAUUGCUGCUCCAUAUGGGGGUGAAGAUAAAAAAGGACUUGUUUAUAUCUUCAAUGGAAGAUCAACGGGCUUGAAUGCGGUCCCAUCUCAAAUCCUUGAAGGGCAGUGGGCUGCUCGGAGCAUGCCACCAAGCUUUGGCUAUUCCAUGAAAGGAGCCACGGAUAUAGACAAAAAUGGAUAUCCAGAUUUAAUUGUUGGAGCAUUUGGUGUAGAUCGAGCGGUCUUAUACAGGGCCAGACCAGUUAUUACAGUAAAUGCUGGCCUUGAAGUAUACCCUAGCAUUUUAAAUCAAGACAAUAAAACCUGCCCUCUGCCUGGGACAGCCGUCAAAGUUUCCUGUUUUAAUGUCAGGUUCUGCUUAAAGGCAGAUGGCAAAGGUGCAUUGCCCAGGAAACUCAACUUCCAGGUGGAGCUUCUUUUGGAUAAACUCAAGCAAAAGGGAGCAAUUCGACGAGCGCUGUUUCUCCAUAGCAGGUCCUCAGGUCACUCCAAGAAUAUGACUAUUUCCAGGGGGGGGCAGAUGCAGUGUGAGGAAUUGAUAGCCUAUCUGCGGGAUGAAUCUGAAUUUAGAGACAAACUCACUCCAAUCACUAUUUUUAUGGAGUAUCGAUUGGAUUAUAGAACAGCUGCUGAUGCAACAGGCUUGCAACCCAUUCUUAACCAGUUCACUCCGGCCAACAUGAGUCGCCAGGCUCAUAUUUUACUUGAUUGUGGUGAAGACAAUGUCUGUAAACCAAAACUGGAAGUUUCUGUAGAUAGCGAUCAAAAGAAGAUCUAUAUUGGCGAUGACAACCCUCUGACGUUGACUGUUAAGGCUCAGAAUCAAGGAGAAGGUGCCUAUGAAGCUGAGCUCAUCGUUUCCAUUCCACCACAGGCUGAUUUCAUCGGGGUUGUUCGAAACAGUGAAGCCUUAGCAAGACUUUCCUGUGCAUUUAAGACAGAAAAUCAAACCCGCCAGGUGGUAUGUGAUCUUGGAAACCCAAUGAAGGCUGGAACUCAGCUCUUGGCUGGUCUUCGUUUCAGUGUGCACCAGCAAUCAGAGAUGGACACUUCUGUGAAAUUUGAUUUACAAAUCCAAAGCUCUAAUCUUUUUGACAAAGUAAGCCCAGUUGUAUCUUACAAAGUUGACCUUGCUGUUUUAGCUGCUGUCGAGAUAAGAGGAGUCUCAAGUCCUGAUCAUAUCUUUCUUCCAAUUCCAAAUUGGGAGCACAAGUUGAACCCUGAGACUGAAGAAGACGUUGGGCCAGUUGUUCAGCACAUCUAUGAGCUGAGGAACAAUGGGCCAAGUUCAUUCAGCAAGGCAAUGCUAAAUCUUCAGUGGCCUUAUAAAUAUAACAACAACACCUUAUUGUACAUCCUUCAUUAUGAUAUUGAUGGGCCAAUGAACUGCACUUCAGAUAUGGAAAUCAACCCUUUGAAAAUUAAGGCAACUGAAAAGAAUGACACAGUUGCUGGGCAAGGUGACCGGAACCAUCUCAUCACUAAGCGGGAUCUUACCACCCGUGAAGGAGAUGUUCACACUUUGGGCUGUGGAAUUGCUCAAUGCUUGAAGAUUGUCUGCCAGGUUGGGCGACUUAGAGGAAAGAUGGCAAUCCUGUACGUAAAGUCUCUACUGUGGACUGAGACCUUUAUGAAUAAGGAAAACCAGAAUCAUUCAUAUUCUCUGAAGUCAUCUGCUUCAUUUAAUGUCAUUGAGUUUCCUUAUAAGAACCUUCCAAUUGAGGACAUCUUCAACUCCACAUUAGUUACCACUAAUGUCACCUGGGGCAUCCAGCCAGCACCCAUGCCUGUGCCUGUGUGGGUGAUCAUCUUAGCAGUUCUAGCAGGAUUACUGUUACUGGCUGUGUUAGUCUUUGUAAUGUACAGGAUGGGUUUUUUUAAACGUGUCCGACCACCUCAAGAAGAACAAGAAAGGGAACAGCUUCAACCUCAUGAAAAUGGUGAAGGAAACUCAGAAACUUAACUGUGAUUUUGAAGUUAUACUACAUCGUGACCCAUUAGAAUUACCAGUUUCAUUAUAGAUUUAAAGUUCUUACAUGAAGAAUACAAUUUCGAGACUAUGGAUGGUGCCCAUUGAGAACCACAAAAUAAGAGCAAUAUUUGUCAACCUUCUCUUUAUAAAUAAGUUCAGACAUACAUUUACUACACAUUGAAUGACUUGUGUUUUUAGCUAUUUAAAUACAAUUUCAGUGACAGUUCUUAUUCAGUGUACAUAAGACAGUUAGUACCUGAGCUACUACUUUAUAUAAAAUUGUACCUUCUACAAUUACUGUUUCUGAUUUAGUAUGUUGGGUUUUGCUGUUUGUCAUCAUCAUCGUAAAGCAAUCCAGAUUUGGGCCUUAACAUCUGUGUCAUCGGUGCAGAUUCUUAAUAUUAUGAUGCAUUACACUACAUUUGACUUUUCAAGCUACUAAAGACUUUCUGAAUUUGGAUUUUAAUGUCAUCCAUAUGCUAGAACUCCUUUUUAUAAAAUGCAUGAUACCAUCAAAAUUCUUUUCUGUAAUAGAAAGGGUACACUAUUUUGUUUUAAUAAAAGAAUUGGGUAUAUGGUAUUAACUUUUUAUCUAUAUUUAAUCCAUAGUCUAUUUUAUUACGGUUUAACUUGUAUAGUGUAUGUUCUACAUCAAAUUCUUUCAGCCAAGCUAUACUACACAUUACUUUUGUACUAAAGAAAUGCCUCUUUCUUGUGAUAGUUUAAUUUCAACUAAACAUCAUGAUACUAAAAAACCAUUAGAAUUGGGAAUCAUUUCUAAAGUACAUUUAUUUCAUUGUUUUAGUAUGACUAGUUAUACUACAAGAAAAGAAAGCGUUUUCAUUAAAAGACUGUGCUUGUAAGUCUUUGACAUAGUUGUUUCCUAGUACAUUCUUAGAGUAGAGCCGAGUUUUUAGUUAGUAUUAAUUUAUUUUCUUCCUUAUAUAUGUAUUUUUCCUUAUAUUUCCAAAACUGUUACUGACAUUGGGUCAAGAUCAAUGAAAAAUCUUUACAACUUACAGAAACUCCCAUCCAUGAGAAAUACUUGGAAUGAGACCUAUAAAGGGAGCUCACUGACGUAUAUGUAGCAGCAGCAUGACGCGACUCGGAUGAAUGUUACCUCAGUAUAAGCAAAAUAAUAUGUAAAACCAGUCUCAGCCAUCAGCAUAACUUCUAAAACGAUAUUUUUAAAAUAAACGGUUCAAGUUAUUGAAAACCUUUUAAAGCUUUCUUAGGCCUGUGAAUAUAAAUUACUUUUCAAGGAUUUUUAAUAAAAGCCAUGUGGAUGAUGAGUUAUAGUUUUAUAUGCCUACAGGGUGGUGACUCUUCUGGUGGAGUAUGUGAUUUAGUCACAGUUCCUCAAGGCCUGAGGAUGACUAUCAAUAAUAUCUAUUUUUAUAUAAUUACAUCAUGCUGUGCAUUAGAAAUUGAGAGUUUAAUAGCUUUUUAAAUGCUGCCCUCAUUAGGCAAUGAUAAAUACUUCCUCUAAAUAAUUGACUAUUUUUCUAUGUUUUAAAAAUAAUUGAAAUGUCUUUUGCUAUGCCUUGUAUUACAGUGUCAUGCACAAGUUGCUGAACGCAUCUUGAGAAUAUAUUCAGAAAAUAGAAGCACAUUUAGGGUGAGUUACACAAGUUAGAAAGACUCUACAGUUAGCUUUAGUGAAUUUUAAAAUUAAUGGAUUUGGGAAUAUAGAUUUUUCCAGCUUGAAAGACCUUACUCAUAGGAAAUACACAUUUUGUUAUCAAGGAGCUUACAAGUAUUAAGAACAAAACAGAUUUGUAUCUUAUGGCCAAGUGUCACCUGCCACCAAAUAGUCACUAAAUUGGUCUGUUAGCAACUCUCACCUUACGUAUUAUCUCACCUGGUCAUUCUUCAAAUAUAUGUUAGGCAGAAAUGUAUAGAAAUGUACUCUUUUU